GUCUAGAAUGUGGCUGGCUGUGGCAGUGAUAAAUUUAAUCCAACAGGCUAUAUGCUCAGAACUAUUUGGAAGACAUAUGAAUCCUCAAUCUUUCAUGAAUAUUCCUGAAAUUAUCCAGUCCUGGGGAUAUCCCAGUGAACAAUAUGACGUGCUGACCGAGGACGGCUAUUUCCUGCAAUUAAACAGAAUUCCUUAUGGAUUACACAGUCAUGAGAAAAAGGGACAUAACCCACCUGUGCUAAUUGUACCUGGUGUGCUUGCUGACAGUAGAUGCUGGAUUUUAAAUCCUCCCAGCAACAGUCUAGGAUUUGUCCUAGCAGAUGCUGGCUAUGAUGUUUGGCUGCUAAAUUGCAGAGGGUCAAGCUGGUCUAGAAGACACCAGAACAUGUCAAUUGAACAAGAAGAAUUUUGGGAUUUCAGUUUUCAUGAAAUAGGGAUUUAUGACGUUCCAGCUGGAAUUAACUUUAUCUUGACGAAAACGAAACAGGAGACACUUUAUUUUAUUGGCCAUUCCCAGGGUGCCUCAUUGGGUCUGAUUGCCUUUUCACUCUUGCCAGAGGUUGCUAAAAAGGUCAAGCUCCAAAUGCUCUUUGGUCCUACCUAUGUACUGAAAGACAAUAGAAGCCCUUGCAUGUUAUUUCUGUUACUUCCUGAUGGUUUCAAAACGUUUAUAUGGGGCAACAAGGAGUUUUGUAUGAUUCCAAAUAAGAUGAAACAUCUGAAUGCUAAGGUCUGCAACUAUCCAGCAGUGGACAAACUGUGCAUCAAAUUUAUUUCCAUAAUUUUUGGAAAUAAUGAGAAGAAUAUAAAUGUGAGUCGAAUAGAUGUCUAUGCUUCAAUGUUUCCUGAUUAUUCUUCAGUAAAAACGUUGGUUCACUGGGGCCAGGUUGCUCGAUCAGGAGAAUUUAAAUAUUUUGACUAUGGCAGUAAAAACAAAGCUGUAUAUAAUAUGACUACUCCUCCAUUUUAUAAAGUGGAAGAUAUGACUGUGCCAACAGCCCUGUGGAGUGGUGGAAAUGAUAUUCUUGCAAAUUCAGAAGAUAUUGAACUGCUGCUCCCUCGAAUCACUUCCUUAAUCUUCCAUAAGAAUAUUUCCAAUUGGCAACAUGUAGACUUUAAUUUAGGCCUUGAUGCUCCAUUGAAGCUAUACCCAGAUAUGUUUUGGUUGAUGGAGCAGUACAAAUGA